AGCGCUAGUGCAUAUAAGGAGAAUCCCGAUACACGAGUGUUCUCAGUGAUGUUUUUCACGUGGCCGACAGUCGCCCGUCGCAGACGAGCUCGGAUAACAUUAUGAAGACUAUUCUGCUGUUAUUAUUACUAUGGGGCACGUCAUCGGAGGCAUUAUUUUUUAACUAUCCAAAGAAUGUGCUCAUGAACUUCUUCAGUUCACUUCGCGAGAAGAAGGAGAUGAAAAAACCACUGCCAAUACCCGACAUCCAUCACUACCAUCUGCAUUAUUAUCCAAUUCACGUGCAGAGUAUUCAUACAUCAAUGAAAUCCCUGAAAGCUCCCGACAAACAUGAGCUGGAGACUAUCCACACAAAUAAAUUGGAGAAUUAUGGAUGGAGCCAGCAGGAGUACAGGUACAUGAGUGAUCCGGUUAUUCAUCAUGUACCGAGUUUUCUAGGGUCAUGGCCCAUGUUAGAGUCACAUAUUCAACAUCCUCCGGAGAUUACUGUGGAGGAUGAGAGUGAGGGAGAGAAGCCAUUGCAUGUUGAUCGUUACGGAGAAGAGGCUGUUGGCAAGUCCGCUGGUAUCCUAGUUCAAGUCCCCCUGCAUCAGCAGAUCAUCAUCCAACAGCCAGUGAAAACUGAGAAACCCAAGGAGACACAUCCGCUCGUUGCAUUUCUGGAGAAAUUGCGAAACUUCAAAAAUUCACUUUUCCAUACUUCUUCCGACAAAAUCGACGAGAAGUCGGACGAUUUCACCGACAAACUUAACGCCUUCGUAGUAUUUAGGCGCCCUAAAUCGAGAAUAUUGGGAUAAAUCUUUGUUAAGCCAUUCGGCUCAAGUGAAAACUACAAAUUUUUGAAAAUUUCAGAAAUUUUGUUAUCAAUAACUGUAAAUUUAUAACAGUGAAACAGUGUGAUUGUUAAGUAAUGGUUGUGUAGGUUGUUGAAUAAAUUGAUUGUUGUCAUGAG